UUGGGCUUCUUCGGAUCUAAAUUUCUGACCUUGGCAGACAGCCACUUGAGAUGUGUUACCUGCGGACGGAGCAGAACGGAAGCAGAGGGACAAAGUAGCGGAUUCCUGACUUCUGGCAAGGGCCCUUCCCUGGGUUUCACGCCGCUGCGUUCUGGUCGGGGCUGGAACGCGCGCCCAGCCCUUUGUGUGGCUGUGGUCCGAGGCUACAGCUCCGAAGACGAGCGUUGGGAACGGCAGGACUGCCGAGCCUCAAGUAGGGCUGUCGAGCGCGGUGAGAGCGUGCGGGGACCCGGGUGGAGCGGCUCCGGCGGUGGAGCCACGAGGGCCCGACACCUGGGUGGGAGAAGCUGCCUGGCUCCGCCGUGGAAAGGCUCACGUGGCUGAAACCCCGGGGGAUUCGAGUCUGGGACCCGGGCUGAUCGGGCAAAACCGGCGGGCAUUUCUUGUCAGAUUGUGUGCGUGAGAGCGGCGGGGGCCCCAGAUUUUAGAGAGAUGAACAGACAGGGUGUAUUGUGGCAAGUCUGCCUGAUCUUCCUGUCUUAGCUUCCUUUGUGCUAUCGGGGCUGACUCCUCAGAUUUGUGAAACAAUGAAUGGACUUUAGUUGGAGGAGUGCACUCAGGGUUGAGAGAUGUCUGCACAGUCCCUCCAGAAAUUUACCCAGUGGAAGGGUGAGGCCAGGCCUGGCCCAUCUCACAUACCAGGGGGGUGGGAGUCGGGAGGGACGGGGCCUGACCUCCGGCCAAUCAACAGCCAAGUCUUAUUUAGUCUCCUUGCCUUCUCAGGGCUCCUGCACCAGGAAAGAACAAUCAGAGGUAAAUGAGUGAGGAGGUGGAUAGAGGUAUACAGCACCUGUCAGUCUCCUUAAUCAGCCUGUAUCUAUAUUAAAGACCACUCCCUGCUUUGUGUGAAUGUGCAGCAGCAGCUGCUGUUGUUGAUGAUGAUGUUUUAUGCUUUCUGUAGCCCAGGCUGUCCUAGAACUCCCGGAGAUCCUGUCUCAGCCUUCCUAGUGUUUGGAUAAUCGUCUAGGUCGCCACACAUCUUUAUGCUAUUGUUAAGACUUGUUGAUAAAGGGGUCUUUGCUGAGAAUGGUUAAAGACAGGUCCUGGAAGACACUAGCAUAGAACUGUAUGGGCAGGUCCUGGAAGACACUGUUUGGAAUGUGGUUUUUUUCAACGGAAGAAUAAUGAGAGGUGAGACAGACAGAAGGAAGGAAGAAAAUCAACCUCAGAAUGCAGCUUUCCUGGCAACUUUCUUGGGGGUCAGAGCUAGCGAUUCCUUGAAUGCCUUUUUUUGGGGGUCAGAGCUAGUGAUUCCUUGAAUGCCUUUUUUUGGGGGUCAGAGCUAGCGAUUCCUUGAAUGCCUUUUUCGGGGGGGUCAGAGCUAGCGAUUCCUUGAAUGCCUUUUUUUGGGGGUCAGAGCUAGCGAUUCCUUGAAUGCCUUGUUCCUUGCUGGCACUUUCACUUGGCAAAAGAAUUGAGAGGAAAAGAAAGGGCCACCAGUCUCUGUGCCUUUGUUAUGCUUCCCUUUCAUCUAGAGAGGAGAAAUAGAAAUAAAAAACAAUUCAGAGUGAACAAAGAAUUUAAAUGAUAUUGGGUUAUUAUCACUGUGCUGUACUUGUGAUACUGGACUCAUGCUGCCAAGACUUAAAAUGAUCCAAAAUGAUGGAACGGCCUUACAUAGUCAGACAGCUUAUUUUGGGGUUUGAUUUAACUUGUCCAUAGACUAGUACUAUGUGGUGCAUAGGGAUAGAUAGAUACUCUGAUAGUCCUUUAUGCUGGGUAGUAGUCACAGGCUACACUUUCCAGACAGCUAGUAGAUCAGGAAAGGAAACUACACACUCUGUCAGUGUACUUUGUUACUAAGCUAUAAGGUUCUGUUCGGUAGGCGUAUUACUUGCAUUUCUGACCUAAUGACAUUUUCAGCUUAAGAGGUCCUCAAAGGCUAGGUCCAUUGUAAAUAUCGUAUCUAUAUAUUAAACAGUGAAGUCAUGGAGCUAGGGGUAUACAUAAGGCUCAGUGGCACUUGCUUAGCAGGCAUAGCUUCUAGGUUUGAGCCCCAGGAUACCACACACAUAUAUUCAAAUCACAGAAUCUAUAUUUUAAUUUCUGGUCCUGGAAGAGAUAUAGACUCUCAUCUUUCCAGUGAAAUCAAGUCAGAGGAUGAAGAGACAAAACUCAGAGUGGUAUGUGACCCAUUCAGGUAUGUACUUUUCAGUGGUACUGAAUCUAGAAUUAAACUUUUCUUUCCCGUGGAUCACACAUCCUAGAAUGGAUGACUUAACGCUUAUAUUCGAGGUUUGUGAAAAUGGAGCCAAUUUACCUCGUGGUACUGCCGAGAAGGCUCUACCACAGUGCAGGAAGCUAGUAACUGGGUGCUAUGGAGGCACUUAUUCCUUACUCUGUCCUUUUGCUGAUAUUAUCUAUUUUUCUUAAACCUUAGAUUUCUAGAAGUGGGCACCAACAAAUUGUGGCUAGAAGCAGUCUGGAAUAGAAGUCAAACGCCUAGGACCAGCCUGGCAUUACCAAACAAUGGCAGCUAGGAAACAGCCAUCCAGGACACCAGUCAGUUUUGAGGACGUGGCAGUGUCUUUCACCCAGGAAGAAUGGGAAUAUCUGACUUCUACACAGAAGAACCUUUACCAAAAAGUGAUGUCAGAAACCUUCAAGAACCUGACAUUCGUCGGAAGCAAGAAGAAACCUCAAGAACCUAGCUCAGAUCUGCAAGAUAAGAAUGAGGAGCAGAAGUCCUCCAGUUGCACAGGGGUAUUCAAAGGUGGACCAUUAUUUUUCUGUCUAACCUGUGGCAAAUGUUUCAAAAAGAACACCUUCCUCUUUAAUCACCAGUUUCCUGUGAGGUCCCGGAGGCUGGCAGUCACAAAGCCGCAAAGCCGCAAAGCCAAGGGCUACAAGGCCCAGCAUCGUGGAGAGAGGCCUUUCUUUUGUAAUCUCUGUGGCAAGACUUACCGUGAUGCUUCUGGACUGAGCCGUCACCGACGUGCUCAUUUAGGUUAUAGGCCCCGUUCAUGCCCUGAGUGUGGAAAGUGUUUCCGGGAUCAGUCUGAGGUCAACCGCCACCUGAAGGUACACCAAAACAAGCCAGCGGCUAGCAACCAGGCUGGCAACCAGGCUAGCAACCAGAGGCGGAAGAGUAGGGUUCCACCUACAACACCUGGAUCCCAAGCGCCCGCCCUCAAGUAUGUGAAAGUGAUCCAGGGACCAGUGGCCAGGGCUAAGGCACGGAACAGCGGAGCCACGACCCUGAAUGUCAGAUCCAACUCUAUUACAGUGGUCCGUUCAAGAGAAAAGAUCUCUUGUCCCUAUUGUCACAUAACUUUUACCAUGAGAACCUGUCUCUUAACCCACCUCAAGAUCCACUUCAGACGUCAACCCAACCAGCACUUCUGCUGCAAAGAGUCGGCCCACUCAUCCAACACACUCAGGAUGCAAAAGAUCUACACUUGCCCCGUCUGUGACAGCUCCUUUAGGGGAAAGGAGAGCCUGUUGGAUCACUUGUGCUGCCGAAGACCAAUCAGAUUCAGUAAAUGCUGGGAAAUCCUGGGUCAUUUGCUUGGCUAUCUUCAUGAACCCGUGGUGAUGGGAAAUAUUUUUAAAGUAAGGGACUCCUCAGGAAAAAGGAUGGAAACCAGGAGGAGAAGACGGAAACGUGCAUGCAGUGAGAAUCCUGAAACAGAAGGCCUGUCUGGGAGUGGUAGAGCGGCUCCUUGGGCAAUGGAGGGUGCCACCAGCCCCGAGAGCCCUGUGACAGAAGAAGAUUCGGACUGAUUUCUGACUUCACACCUACCCAUGCACGACACCUCCACCCCCACCCCAA